UUCUCUGAAGAUAAGGUAAGCGGCAACAGCUAUUACUACCUAAAGGGAAUUGACUACGUAAUGGAUCACUUCAAAACCAGAUACGGUGACUCUUUAAUCUAUAUCACCGAGAACGCCUCCGUUUCGAAACCUGUGAGGAGGCUGUUGCCGAAUCCAAGCGGAUUGAUUAUCUUUGUAGUCAUCUCUGCUUUCUCAGUAAAGUCAUCAAAGAGAAAUGUCAACAUAAAAGGAUACUUUGCAUGGGUUCUUGGAGAAAAUUAUGAAUUAUGUAUGAACACUUUAUGCCCAUGA